AUGGCGGAUCUCUUACCACCGCCUACGACCGAACAAGCCGAUGAGAAAGUUGAUAACUCGAACCUCACUCAUCCUGAUGGAUAUGAAGAUGACCAUAUGGAAGCUUUCAAUUUACCUUGUUAUUUCAAGGGUUUUUAUUUGAAAUACUCCGCAGCCUUUUUUGAUAAAAAGUUGAAUAUCAGUUCAUGGAUGGGUCCAGAACAUUACAUGUUUGAUGCUUCCUACUUUGGCCCAAAGUUGGCGUUUGUUGGAAAUGUUACUACUAGUGGUAGCCUAAGUGCGGGUGUCAAAGCCUUUAUAACUGAUAAGUUGAUUGUGAAGGCAAAGACUGAGCUGGAAAAUGCACGUUUGUCCAUGUCACUAGUCAAAUUUGAAUACCAGGCUCUAAACUAUAGAGCUCAACUGGAACUUAAGAAUACUGACCUACUUGCAACAUAUUUCCAGCGUGUGACACCCCGUCUAUCUUUGGGUGGUCAUGUCUACAAUUUCGGUGUGCCUAAACAGUGGGGUGUGGGUCAUGCUGCAAGAUACGAGACCGAUGAUAAGAUGAUCGCCGCUGCUUUCGUUGAUAUCUCGGGUCUUGUAUUUAUGAACUAUGCUCAUAAGAUCUCAAAGAAGGUUUCACUCAUUACUGAUUUUGAAUACGAGUGCUUUUCAAGAUAUGUUAAAGCUAGUGUUGGGUGUGUGACUGCAAUUAUGGACAGGUAA